AUGGCAGAAAACGACGAAAUGUUUUCUUCUGCAACGUGUUAUGGGCUUGAAGAAACAUGGAGUCAGCCACGAUCUUGGGUUGAUUUCAGAAAUUUGAUUGUGAAUGUCAUGACAGAGUAUAUUGAUUGUAACGUGAAGUGGGCAAAAGGUGAAUUUGAAUUCAAAUCAGAGCAUCAAGCAAUUUUUAUGAAAGCUUUUCUUUCCCAUUUUUUCUGCAUCACGAUUAAACUUUGCAACAUGAACGAUGAUGUAAGAUUUGUUGAUAAGAUGAGAGAAGUUGGAACUAUGCCCGAGAUUUUCAUCAUCGAUGUCUUGAGGCAAACUCAACAUACCGUUCUUGGUUCAAAUGAAUUUCAUUCUUGUGAUGCAAAUAUGCAGAAUGCAGUGAAGCAUAUCAUUACGAAAGAUGAUCCAAUUUUUGUUACAAUUUGUUUAUCAAACAAUCAAGAUCCUUCACCCAACAACUACUCAAAUUAUGCAAUUUCAUUUGCUAUUUUCUGUAAGUAUUUCGUCAAAUUUGUUGUAAUCUUAAAGCGACUUGGAAAGCCAAAGCAACACAUUCUGGCAUUUCAUCGUCCUCACUAA